AAGUUUAGAAAAUAUUUUACCAGGUGGUCACCCAAAUGAAGAUGAAAUGAAUACUUAUGAUUUAACAGUAUAUGAAAGUUCAUCUAAUGAAAAUGACAAGCCAGGAUACAAUUAUGAGGACAAUUAUGAGGACGAUAAUUAUGAGAAUGAUAAUUCUGAGAAUGAUAAUUAUAAGGACGAUAAUUAUGAGGACGAUAAUUAUGAGGACAAUAAUUAUGAGGAUGAUAAUUAUGAGGACGAUAAUUAUAAGGACAAUAAUUUUGAAGACAACAAUUCUAUAAACGAUAAUUCUGAGGAUGACAAUUCUAUAAACAAUAAUUCUGUGAACAACUUAAAAAAUACAAAUAGUCGUCAGCCAAUAUACCUACCUUCACCUUAUGUUGAACUGUAUAGUGGAAAGACUUUUAAGACAUGGGAUGAAUAUCAAGAAGUAUUGGAACGUUAUGCGAAGCAAAACAACUUUGUUAUUAGAAAAAAAUGGGUGAACAAUAGUCGUGAUCCAUGUCAGCAUAUAUGGGAUUGUAAACGAUCUGGUAAAUACAUUUUACACAAAACUGCUCCAUCUGAAAAGCAAAGAAACAAGGGUUCAAAGAAAAUCAAUUGCCCUUUUCUUAUUAAUGCAUCCAAGAGUAAGGAAAUGAAAGAUCUUAUUGAAAGCUACACGCUUUGUGAUCUCGAUGUUCCGUCUCAGGUUCGAUUAUUACAUAGGUUGUUUUCUGAAGCAACGAUUGUAGAUUAUGAUGUAAAGAAUUAUGUGUAUAAGGUUCGCCAGAGUCAUGAAAUGCAGGAUGGUGAUACAGCAAAGCUUCUUCAACACUUUGAAAAAGAACGCACUAAGAAUCCUGAUUGGUACGUCCAACCAUUAAUUGAUUCUGAGACAAAUAGAUUACAGGGUGUAUUUUACAUGUUAUCUGAACAACAAGAACUUUGGCAAAACUAUACAGAUAUCAUUUUAAAUGAUAAUACAGCAUCAACCAAUGCCUAUAACUUACCAUUAAGCAUUUUUACUAUUGUUGAUAACAAUUUCAAAUCAAGGAUUGUGGCACAAGCCAUAUUACCUGAUGAAACAAGCAAAAGUUACAGAUGGUUAUUACAACAAACGAUCGAUGCUACAGGAGUUCAUCCUGGUGCUUUUAUUAUUGAUGCCGAUCUGGAUCUUGAAAGCGUUGUCCCUAAGAUAUACCCAAAUACUUUUCUUCUCUAUUGCGUUUGGCACAUUGGGCGUAAUAUUGAGAAACAAUUGUCUAAGACACUUGGUGAUCGUUAUUCUGAUUUUCUUAAAGCGUUUUAUCAAUUUCAUGUUGAUCAAAUGAAUGAGACAGUUAUGUAUAAUGGUCAAAAGGUUGAUUUUAAUGAUUUAUUUAAUUUGACAUUGGAUACAGUAGAGAGUAGACCAAUUGAACUCGAAUAUGACUUUCGUCAAAUACGCUUUGAUAAGCUUCUUGAGGAGGUUGAUCAUUCUUUAAUAGCUGAAGUUUGGGAGGUUUGGUCAAUUGAGAAUACGUCAAGUCUCUUCCAUAUUUCUCUUAUCCCAAAACGUUGGUAUAAAGAUGAAAUGAUGAAUAUAUCAGUUAUUGAUAAACCAUUUGUCAAAGGAAAGUUACAAGUACAUAAAGAUUCAACAUUAGAUACAUCAAGCAUACCUUUGUUUUCAACUGUUGCUGAGUCAUGGAAUGCUAUAUCUAUUGAAACACCCAAACAAAUAGCUGCGAAAGUAAUUGGUCGAAAGCAAUCUAUCAAAGAGACAUUGCUUGGACUUGCAUGUAAAUGCGUAGAAUUGGUUGAUUAUGAUGAUUCUAGAGAUUCUAAUAUUUUGAUGAAAACACAAGAUAUGGAAUGUAAACAAAUUAUAGAAGUUGAUAAAGUUUUAGAGUAUGAAGAGGUUAUGGACGAUGAUCAAUAUGAAGAGAAUCAAAUUUCAGAAGACACUCCGGCUUCUGGAAUUACAUAUUAUGAUGUUCAAAAUCCACUUCAGCAUGUUGGAAAAGGGCGAUCUAAAAAAUGA